AUGCCGUCCGUUGCUGAGGUUGCUGCGCACAAUUCACGGUCAUCCUGCUGGGUGAUUGUGGCCGGCCAUGCGUACGACGUGACGGACUUUCUCGACGAGCAUCCAGGCGGCACACGAUCGAUCUUGCGGUUUGCCGGGCGCGAUGCAACAGCCGAGUACGAACCGCUGCACCCACCGGGCACCAUUGAGACCUUACCAAAGGACAAACAUCUCGGGCCCGUGAACGGAGCUCCUACGACAUCAAAUGUGACCCAGACGUCAGCGCCGUCACCGUCGCCUUCGUCACUAUCGCCACCUGCAAUGCAAAUCCAAGUGCCUGCUGUUCUCCCUCUUUCCGCGUGCAUGUCGCUUGAGGACCUUGCGCAAGUUGCUGCUGUCAAGCUGUCACCGCGUGCAGCGGCCUACUACAACAGUGGCGCCGAGACGCGGUACUCGCGCGACCGCAACCGCCGCGACUGGUCUCGCAUAGGCUUGCGGCCGCGCGUGCUCAUCAAUGUCGGCCCCACGCCCAAGAUGCGCGCCAAUGUCAUGGGCUUCGACAGCAGCCUGCCGGUAUUUAUUGCACCUGCGGCGCAUGCACGCUUCGGCCAUCCGGACGGCGAGCUCUGCCUGGCACGCACGGCGGCACGCAUGGACAUUGCGCAGUGCGUGAGCACCUACGCAUCGGUGGCGGCGGCCGGCAUUGCGUCCGAGUUCUUCAGCGACCCCUACAAGCGCGGGGCUGCUCUGUUCUUCCAGCUGUACAUCCCGUGGGUCAAGAAGGACGCGGAGAAGCUGAUCGCCGUGGCCAAGGCGGCCAGGUACCAAGCGCUGGUAGUGACCGUGGAUGCACCGGUAAUUGGCAAGCGCGACGACGACGCGCAGUUCCAGGCACUGGCAGCUGCAGCAGUGGACGGCGACGGCUCCCAGAGUAAGGAAGACACGGAGAACGAGUCACAAGCUUUGCCACCUCUCCCCGGGCAGGAGUCCGGGACGUUGCGAGCAGCACACAACGCAACAUUCGAAUGGUCCGACCUGCCAUGGAUCCGGCAGUGCUGGGGCCCCGAGCACCCCAUUCUGCUCAAGGGGGUCCAAACGGCCGAGGAUGCUCUUCUGGCCACGCAACAGGUCGACGCAGACGGCAAACGCCUUGUCGACGGCAUCUACCUCUCCAACCACGGUGGUCGCCAGCUGGACUAUGCGCCCACGAGCGUGCAGACGCUGCUGGACCUUCGUCGCCGGGCGCCCCAGGUGUUUGGCCUGCUGCCCGUCUAUGUUGACGGCGGCGUCUUGCGCGGCACAGACGUCGUCAAGGCGCUGUGUCUGGGUGCCAGAGCCGUUGGUCUGGGUCGCGGGUUCUUGUAUGCGCUGAGCGCCUACGGCACGGCCGGAGCGCUGCGUGCGGUGCAUAUUCUCAGCGACGAGAUCCAGACGACGUUGCGGCUGCUGGGCGUCGCGGACGUGGCAGAGCUCGACACGCGGUACCUGGACCUGAGUGAAUUCGGGAUAGAGCGAGCCAAGCUGUAA